CCAGUGUUGACAGGGGGUAUGUCCAUGCGUAAAGCUGGGAAGGGAUGGCUUCAGUUGUCAUAAAAGGUUUCUUUCCUGAAAGCGGUUGCGUGGGUGAAUUUUGCUUUCCUUCUGAUGGAGCGAUGGAAUAAUUCUGAGGAGUUAAGAUUUUUGUUGCAGUGCUUAAACCGCAACGACAGUUUGUUUCUACUGUUGCUAGUUAUCUCUAUUACAAUUAAACGCCCCUGUGUACUGCAGUUGGUGCAGUCCAGUCCCCGGCAGGAAAAUGGCGCAGGCUCUGUCUGAAGAGGAGUUCCAGCGGAUGCAGGCACAGCUGCUGGAGCUGCGAUCGCAGAAUUACAGGCUGUCAGAUGAAUUGCGCAAAAACUUGGCAGAACUGAAUGAUUCGAAGCUGAAAGCUGCAACACUUGAGAGGGAUCUGAACAAAGCACAAAAGGCUGUAAAUAAAAGUAAGAAGGCACAGGAAGUGGAUGCCCUGCUGAGUGAAAAUGAGAUGUUACAAGGGAAACUGCAUAGCCAGGAAGAGGACUUCCGGCUUCAGAACAGCACUCUUAUGGAAGAGCUGUCCAAGCUUUGUGCUCAAAUUGAACAGCUGGAGAAGGAAAACCGACAGAUGAAGGAAGGACUGUCUGCUAGUGAACUUCCAGCUACAAGCCCUGUAGACGGGGAAUUGUUGAGGUUACAAGCAGAAAACACAGCUCUACAGAAAAAACUGGCAUCAUUACAAGAAUGGCAUGAGAAGGAGCUACAGGUGCUGAGGCAGCCAGAGAGCAGGCUGAAUGGACACAGAGCGUCUGAUGCCGAUGUAUCUGCUGAGAUGGGAAAAUUUGAUGAGAUAAAGAAAGACACAGAUAAGCAGCUAGAUGGAGAGGCCCAACAUGUGGACCACUUGCAGACAGAACAGUUAGAACAGGCUGAAAAGAUGAAAAACUUGGAACAAAAGUUGAAAGAGUUGCAUGAGAUUCAGUUGAAAUGGGAGACUGAAAGGGAAGAAAAGGUAUUACUUAAGGAACAGCUUCAGGCCCUUGAGGCUUCCAAACAGACUGAGUGCAGCAAACUUCAACAAGAGAUCAGCAAACUAUCAGAGAAGCUGAAGAAAAAGCAAGAAAGUUUCCUGCAACUCCAGACUGAAAAGGAAACUCUCUUCAAUGACAGCAGAGCCAAGCUAGAUGAAGUUAAGCAACGGAAAGAAGAGGAGUUGAAAUCACUCAACAUUAGGAACCAAAAGCUCCAAGCAGACCUUCAGACUGCAAAUCAGAGUUUGAAUGAACUGAAAGAGCAGCUUACAAACCAACAGAAAGAACAUGAAAAUGCUGUGCAAAUCUUGAAAGAUCAGGUAGCCUGUCAGAGUGCUGAAAGUCAGGAACAGGUAGAGAGCAUUCUGUCUGAAAAUGAUGCCCUACGUACCAAUCUAGCGGCUCUUGAACAGAUUCAGACAGCAAAAAUGCAAGAAAUGAAUCUGUUACGAGAGCAAAAUGCAGCUUUGACUACACAACUACAACAGAAGCUUACUGAGAAGGAAGAAUUCAUGGCACAGUGGGAUGACCUCAACAGCCAGCUCCAGGAAGCCCAGAGGGCAAAUGGAAAACUACUGGAGCAAAUGCAGAAGAUGCAGCAGGAAAUAACACAACUUCAGCAAGACUUGGAGGAGGCACGCAAGACUGCUGAAAAGAGGAAAGCCAUGCUUGAUGAGAUGGCUAUAGACAUGCAGCAGGAAAAGACUCGGCACAAAGAAGAGGUGAGCAAUGUGAAGGUGCAGCAUGAGAAGGAGGUGUUGAGCAUCAGAGCAAAGUAUGAAAAGGAACUGAGAGAGCUACAUGAAGAGAAGAAUCGAAUGGAGGAAGACCUGAGGAGACAACUCAAGGAGGAGAAGAGCCGGAGCUGCGAGGUAGAGACUCUAAAGCAGACUAUAGAGGAACUCACCUUACAGAUCCAGUCCACGGAAGGUACUAAAGGCUGGUUUGAAAGACGUCUCAAGGAGGCAGAGGAGGUGAUUGAACAAAACCAAAAAGAACAUGAAGAAAAUAUAAAUAAGGUGAAGGAGCAGCAUAUUGCUGAUUUACAGUCAAAGGACCAAGCAGUGGAAAAGGUAAAGGAGCAGCUACAAGAUGUUGAGGAGGAAAAGAAUAAGCACCAAGAGACCAUUUCUAAACUUCGGCAGGAAAUAAAAGACACUAUAGAUGGACAGAAGAUAAUAGAGAAGAAAGGCAGCUCAGCACUAAAGGAACUGAAACGACAGCUGCAUUUGGAGCGGAAACGGGCAGACAAACUACAAGAAAGGUUGCAGGAAAUCCUAACUAACAGCAAAACGCGGACAGGUAUAGAGGAACUGGUUUUAGCUGAGAUUAGUUCUCCAAGUCGCACACAAACAGGGGACAGCAGCAGUAUUUCAUCUUACAGUUACCGGGAAAUGAUGAAGGAGCAGACAGCACCUAGCAGUAACAAGUCAAAUACAGGGAGUCCACAGUCGCAAUCCCAGCGUCCAGCAGAUCUUUCUGAUGAUGAAGUCACUGAGGUCUUUCAGCGACUGGCCGAGAUCCAACAAGAGAAGUGGAUGUUGGAAGAAAAGGUGAAGCAUCUGGAGGUGAGCUGUGCAUCAAUGGCAGAAGACAUCUGUAGGAAGAGUGCAAUUAUUGAAACCUAUGUCAUGGAAAGCAGGAUAGAUGCAACAGCAGCACAUGGACCAGUGGAUCGUAGCACUCUGAGCAGUGUACUACGAGAUUUGGUGAAACCAGGUGAUGAGAAUGUACGGGAGAUGAACAAGAAACUACAGAAUAUGUUAGAGGAGCAGUUGACCAAGAACAUGCACCUUCAGAAGGACCUGGAGGUACUUUCUCAGGAAAUUGUAAGACUCAGCAAAGAAUGCGUCUCUUCCCCUAGUAAGGAUCUAAGUCCAGGGGAAACCAGCUGAAUUAAAGAACAGUGUGGAAUAGCAACUGAUUUCUGUCUGGUUAAUAAUUAUCUCCAGCUGGAUCAUACUGUAACAGACUAAAGUGAUGCUUCCAUCCAGUGUGGAAAGAGCACCCUAUGAAACCUCAUAAGGAGAAGGCCAAACGUUGGGCAUCCAUCAUGUAUCGUUGAUAUAUAGCCUUCUUCCUUUGCUUUAUUGCUGAAUGUAUUUUAUCCGCUGAAGACUUCUGCUAAUUGCGUCCCUGUGUAUAUUGUAUUGUUACAGCAUACAGAAUUUAAACCUUCAAUUACUUGAAUUUAGCAUGGCCAGGAUAUCAUAAUGGCGCAGGUUUGUUUGGCACUACAGGACCCAGGAACACAGAUUUUCUCCAUCUCGUAUGUAUUGCAGCCUACAACCAGUAUAUAGAGUAUUGAUGUACUUGAACAGACUUCUAGGAUCCAGUAACUUUUUUAUCAAUUUCAGUGAAAUGUUAAAGGUUUGGUGUUUAGUCAUGUAUGUCAGCAUUCGUACACUGAAAAUCAUCAGCAGUUUGCCAGAUGCUACCUUUGCCAUGUUAUAAAAUGAAUAAAUUAUACAUUCUUUGUCUGUAAAAGUUUUUCAGUCA